GCCAGGCUCCACAUUUUGGGUACAUCCAACAUGGAAAACUCUUGCCAGUAGAGGCGAUUAUCGGGUGAGAACAAACGCUGGCUCUUGCCGGCUUCCCGAUGUUUGAGGCCCAUCGGCAAGACGAAGAUCCCAUACUACCCUCUAUUACGCGCCGGGACCACAUCAUAUAUAAGGUGAACAGCACCGUCUUCAACUCAAGCACCUCUCAUCCGCAGAACCAGCAUGUUGGGGGAAGCAGUUGUAUUGUCAGUCGCAGCCCUGCUGUCCAUUCUGUUCUACAUCUAUGUGCUGGAGCCGUUGCGUCUGCAGCGGAAGGCUUCGCUUCCACCAGGUCCUCCUGGACAUUGGCUCUUCGGAAACGCGCCUCCAGGGCCAUACGCCUACCGUCACUACGCAAAUCUGAUCAACGAAUACGGACCUGUAACCUCGUUGAGAUAUGGACGGCGUAUCGUCUGUAUUGUGGGCAGAUAUCAGGCAGCCGUGGAUAUACUCGUGAAGCACUCUGCAGAGACAAUGGACCGUCCGCGAUUUGUAGCGGCUCAUGAAAUCCUGUCAGGUGGUCUGCGUGUCGUGUUGACGGGCGAGGGCGACCGCAUCAAGAGGUUGCGCAGGGCUUUGCAUGCGUUUCUUCAACCGAAGGUAGCUGAGACUUACAAGAAAAUGCAGAGCAAGAAUGCGAGGACCUACGUUCUCGAUUGUUACCGCGAGCCGAAGGAACACAUGGACCACGCAAGAAGAUACGCGGCCACUGUAGUGAUCAGUAUGACUUACGGAAAGACGACGCCCACGUCGUAUUCGGAUCCUGAAGUGGAGACUAUCAACCGCUGCCUGCGCCGCUUUGGAGCUGCCCUUCGACCGGGUGCACACCUAGUUGACACAUACCCUUUCCUGCGGUAUAUUCCGGGAUACACGGCUCAGCUGCAGGAUUUUCACCAGGAGGAGUUGAGCUUCUUUCAAAGUCAGGUUGCCAACGUCAAAUCGCACAUGAGAAAUGGAGAAGCAGAAACAUCCUUUGUUGCACAUAUCCUCAGAGAGCAGCAGAAUCUGCAGCUUUCUGAUGAUGAAGUGGCUUACCUGGCUGGCGCCAUGUUCGGUGCAGGUUCAGACACUACAGCUUCUUCAUUGUCUAUCGUCGCUAUGGCCGCAGCGCUCUUCCCGGAUGCUCAAGCGAAGGUACAGGCUCAGCUUGACCAAGUCGUCGGUCGCGACAGAGCACCGACGUUCGACGAUGAAGUGAACUUGCCAGAAGCGACUGCCUUCUUCCUUGAGGCAUCAAGAUGGCGCCCCGUCGCUUCUGGAGGCUUCGCCCACCGAGCUACGAAGGACAUCGUCUGGAAGGACUACGUCCUUCCGGCGGGCACUGAGAUCGUCGGCAACCACCUAGCGAUCUCACGGGAUCCCGAGGUGUACCCUGACCCCGAAACAUUCAAUCCUCAGCGAUGGUUGGAUGCGAAUGGCCGUCUACGAGACGAUCUGAAGUUCUUCACGUUUGGCUUCGGGCGCAGAACGUGCGUCGGACAACAUGUGGCGGAUAACUCGCUCUUCAUAACUACCGCUCUCACCCUCUGGGGAUUCAACGUCACUCAGAACGCUUCGUCUCCGAUUGACCCGGAUGCAUUCACCGAUGAAGCACUCAUCUUCCCUAAGCCGUUCACUGUGAAUUUCACGCCCAGGAUCGAUGGUCUUGUAGAGAUCUUGAAGGAAGAAUUGGUGUAGUAACAAGUGCCGUUCAUUGUCAGAGUGUAGCACGUAGCUCUGCAUAUCUCGUUAUGCUCUGACAUGCUACUUUGUACUGCGGCGUAUCGAGUGAAGGGAUAUCUGUAGUAGUCGGGGAUGCCUGUUGCCGAUGUCUGGUGCGUGCGUCACUGUCGAGACUACUGUCUCAGCAUGCUCAUGCAGGUAUUUAAGCCCGAUAGCUCGUGUCACCCACAUAUGCAUGAUAUGCAGACCACAUUUGAUAUGCAAACCGCGUCAGAAAUUUCUGGGUAUGUACAUAGCAGCGCAUUGAGUUCCGCUCGUUGGCGCUUUGAAGGCUUGUAAGCACAUGCGUACCCACAUGGCGGCAUUCCGGAUUCUGUACUGACUGGGGUACCUACGGGAUCGUUUGACAUUUGAACACGUU